GCGAUCGAAAUAUAUUUAUUUGUUUACUUGUAAAAGACGAACGUACAAUUACAAACCGUUCAAAAGAUAUAAUAUACCCACUAUGAGCGACCUUAGCGAACACGAUGAGUCUUCAAGCUCAAAAUCAAGUUCAGAAUCAAUCAGCAGUGAUUCUGGUGAAGAUAAUAUCACUGUAAGAGGAGUGCAACCUUAUCAAGACGAACCUCUUGCUAACUCGAGCGACGAAGAGGAAGAUGAGCUUGACGAAGAUGGUCUGUCUUCAACUGUUCUUUGUUCAAGAUUCGAACGUCAAGUUUCCUUUGAUCAAUGGUGUAAGUGUGGGCAAUGCUGUACCGAGCAACUGCAGAAUCCAAGAGAGUGUAGGUGUUGUCAUGAGGUUGCAGAAGCUGUACACAAGUUAAUAUUUGAUGGAUCGAUUGAGAAAUUUAAAUGUGUCACGCAACACGAAGAUUUUACAGCCAUGACAAAUCGAACAGUACUUGAAAAUGUUGGGCCUAUGUUAAAGGACAGAAAUGGCAGAAGUUACCGUCGCCAUGCUGGACAGUCUGAGAACGAUUUAUUACGAGCUAUCGCAUACAGAUGGUUAAUCCGUUGGAUUUGUGGCAGUAUGGGUUGGGAUAACACAAGACCAUUGCCAGCUUGUGUUUAUAAAAACAUCAGAAAUCGUUUUCCCAUCAACCAUCAUCAAGGAAGAGGUUACCAGUCAGCAGAAGCAAGGAGUUGAAAUGAUGGACCAAUUGAUAGAUUGUUAAGUAUAUAUGAUUACUGUUUAAUUUUUUUUUUUAUUCACUGUAUUAUACAUGAGAAAAGAAUAAGCUUUUAAAUAACAAUACAAAUUUUCUUAUGUACAUCUCUUGGGAUUUUGUUUCACAACAUCAUUAUUUCAUAACAUGCCCUAAGUUUAGUUGAUAAACUUAGGUAGAUGCUGGACAAGUGCCUCUUGGGUGUCCUUUUUUACGUUUGCCACAUGUCUUGCAAGUGGGAGAUUUCCUCUUCUUAGUUUUGCUUUUGGCUUUUGCAGCUGCAAUUUCUUUUUGUAAAGCCUGUUGUU